AUGAAACAAUCGAUCUUAAGUCGCUUCAAAGUCGCCGUCUUGGGCGCCAGCGGGGCCAUCGGCCAGCCGCUCUCUAUGGCUCUCGUGCAGAACAAGCGAGUCAGUGAUCUAGCCCUCUACGAUAUUGUGCAGCCGCGCGGCAUCGCCGUCGACCUCUCUCAUUUUCCGCGCAAGGUCAAGAUAGCGGGGUACCCGACAAAGUGGAUUCACAAGGCCCUAGAUGGGGCAGAUGUCGUCCUGAUGCCGGCUGGCAUGCCACGCCGGCCUGGAAUGACCCACGAUGACCUCUUCAACACAAAUGCUCUCACUGUGCACGAGCUGAGCGCGGCGGUGGCGAGGUACUCCCCCAAGGCUAUCUUGGCCAUUAUUAGCAAUCCAUUGAACAGCUUGGUGCCCGUCGCGGCAGAGACGCUGCGGAGGGCUGGGGUGUACGACCCUCGCAAAGUGUUUGGCCUAAUCACGUUGAACAUGAUGCGGGCGCGCAAGAUGCUGGGCGACUUCGCUGGCCUGGACCCGGAGACGCUGGACGUGCCCGUCAUUGGAGGGCACAGCGGGCAGACCAUAGUUCCUCUUUUCUCCCAGUCUGGCGUGGCGUUGACGCGGGAGCAGGCCGAGUACCUCACACAUCGGGUGCGUGUGGGUGGUGACGAGGUGGUGAGGGCAAAGGAGGGUCAUGGGUCUUCAUCGUUGUCGAUGGCACUUGCGGCUGCGGAGUGGACAGAAGGGGUGCUGCGUGCGAUGGAUGGCGAGAAAAAUUUAUUGCGCUGCUCCUUUGUCGAAAGCCCACUGUUUGCGGAUAAGUGCCGCUUCUUCGGCAGCACCGUAGAGGUGGGUAAGGAGGGAGUUGAGCGGGUGCUGCCGCUGCCCCCCCUGGACGAGUAUGAGGAGGAGCAGCUGGACCGCUGCCUACCGGACCUGGAGAAGAACAUCCGUAAAGGCUUGCUUUUCGUGGCGGAAAACUCGUCCACCAUAACGACCUCGUCCACUUUGCCUUAA